GUGGAUGGAGGCGCAUAGUUGUAUGCUAGAAGAAACAAAAGACAAACCAGAGAGCAUCCAUGACUACGCCAGAAGAGCCAAGGAGAUGGUACUUGGAAAAGGAAGAGGAAAGCCGGUGGAAGGAGAAAUAUCGGAAAUGACGGUAGCGGGUCGACAAGUAUCGGGAGCAGAAAACUGCACCAGAGAGCUAGCUGGGAACCACAUUUCAAAGGUAGGAGCGAUAAUGGAAGAGAAUGGGAAGAGCCACACAUUUAGUGGGAGCACACUCCGGGAUGCAUAUCAAUCGCUGACGGAAGCAUGCAAGAAGGUGGCGCCGCUCAGAGUCACAGCGACUCAGCUCAAGAAGCACACUAAGAGACUAAACGCACAAGCAGCAGGAAUGGAUGGAAUUAGAUUCCAAGCAUACAAGACAUUAAGCGGCGAGCAGUUAAGGAUACUGGCGCAGGUGUACAACAAAUUCCUGGAAGAGCUAGCAGAGUCCCCGAUGACCCCGAGAGACGUAGAGAAGUUGCUGGAUAAGAGUUUGACUGCGG